UAUGCAAGUCUAUACCGGCAGCCAUCUGGUCAAAUCCCUUGUUUGAUAAAAUGCACCGUCGUUGAACGAGCCGCAUUACACUAAAAUGCAUAUGUGUGUCCGUUGACUAUAAUUGAGCAUUCAUUAAGGCAUUACUUGUGGAAUGGGGCACAAAAAACAGCAACCGGCGCAGCCGGCCCCGGCGCCCGGGAAGGCCAAGCCGACGCUGGGCCUGCUGCGAUACAAGACCGACGGCAGCCACGUGACGGUGCAGCACUACAGCAGCGGCGCCAUUGGCUCGCGGGGCUCGGUGCCCACACUGCGGGUGGACCUGAAGGAGGGAAAGGUGCAAGUGGGCUACGGCCCGGCGCUGCCCGAUGCCGGCAGCAGCCUGGUGCUGGGGCUGGCGGGGCUGCUGCGGCUGGGGCGCGGCGCCGUGCUGGUGCUGGUCACACACGCCAAGAGGGUGUGCGGCCUGCUGGACGGCCCGGUGUACAAGGUGGAGGACGUGGCGCUGGUGGCGCCGGAGGCCAUCAACGGCUCGGAGACAGACCUCAGGCUGGCUGCUCUGCUGCAAGAGGGCCUGAGCCCCAAGGCCUUCGGCUGCCACCUCUACUUCUCACACACCGCCAACAUCACCUCCAGCAGGCAGCGAGUGGCGGACCUGGAGUCGGGACUGCCGCCGCCUGCCCACUACUGCCCCGACACCCAGGCGGCGGCGGCGGCGGCGGCAGCGGCAGCAGGUGGCGGCAGCAACCCCGUUCCGCCACUGGGUGCGUGGUGGGAGCGGCACACGGCGGCAGAGGCAGAGGCAUCGGCGUCGGGCGGUGGUGGCGGCAGCGGCGGCGGCGGCGGCGGCCCCCCGCGCCCCAGCUCCCGCACCACCCCCACGCUGUGGGCUCGGGCCGACCCCCGGUUCGUGUGGAAUGGGGAGCUCAUGCAGCCCAUCCUGGCCGCGGGCGGCGGCGAGUUCGCGCUGCCGCUCAUGGCGGGCUAUGUGGGUCAGGCCACUGGCGCCACCUUCAGACUGGCGCCGCCGGGGCCGCCGGGGCCGCAGGGGCCGCUGGGGCUGGGGCCGGGGGGGCCGCAGGGACUGGGGCUGGGGCCGGGAGGCGGGCAGGCUGCGGCGCGCCCGGGCCGUGGCGGCAGGAGCAGCGGCGGCAGCGGCACAGGCCAGGGGCUGGGACGUGUGCCGGAGGGGGGCGACAGCGGUGGUGGCGGUGGUGGUGGUGGUGGUGGUGGUGAGGGUGAGGGUGAGGGUGGUGGUGGUGGUGGCGGCCCCAGCAGCGGCAGCAGCAGCAGUCCCCAGUGGGUGGAGGCGCCGGGGGAGCUGACGCUGGUGACGCGGCUGGCGGCGGGGAGGCCGGUGGCGGGCAGCUGGCGGCGCGGCGCGGACUACCAGGGCAACACGGCGGGCUUUGCCGAGACGGAGGUCAUACUCACGCUGUGGGCGCCCGACCCCAGCAGCCCACAGCAGCAGCAGCAAGGGGCGCAGGAGGCCAGUAGCAAUGCCGCUGACGCCGCCGGCGAAGCCACUUCAGCCGCCGCCAAUGCAUCUGCUGCGGCGGCGGCGGGUGGUGGUGGUGAUGGUGGCGGCGGUGGUGGGGAGGUGCUGGGUCCGGACGGUCUGGUCCGAGUGCGGCGGCGUGUGGCUGUGGGCGCACUCGUCAUGGCUCGCGGCUCCGCCCCGCUGCUGUGGGCCGCCCCGCCCGACAUGAACCCCUUCGCGCCGCCGCCGCCCUCCGGCCCGCCGCAGCAGCAGCAGCAGGACAGCGGCAGUAGCAGUGGCGGCAGUAGCAGCGCCACGCGGGCGCACGAGGCGGCGUUCGCGGCGCACAUGCUACAGCUGCGGCAGUGCUACGGCCAGCCUCUGCUGCUGCUGAACCUGAUGACGGGUCGCCGCCUUGACGCCCAACUGCGGCUGCACGACACACUGGGCAAGCUGGUCGAGGCCUACAACGCGCAGCAGAAGCAGCAGCAGCACCUGCCGCAUGCGGGCACCCGUAGCGGUGCGGCCGCCAAGACCGGCAAGCCCUCAGCACCUCCCCCACCCUUGCCACCAGCACCACCACCCCCUGCUCCCGCCCCGCUGCUGCCGCUGGGCCUGCUGGGCCUGCUGCUGGGCGGCGGCGAGCUGGCCGACCUGGCGGGUUGCGGCCCCGCGGCGGCGCGGCUGGAGGCGGAGGUGGCGGCGUGGGGCCAGCUGGCGGCCAUGGGGGCGUACCUGGCGGUGGAGGAGCUGGAGCUGGCACAGCCGCACCUGCCCCCGCCCGCCGCCCCGGACAGCAAGGCCGCACCCGGCCCCGCCGGCGGCAAGGGGCCGGCGGGCGGCAAGGGCGGCGCCGCCUCGAAGCCACACGACACGCCCGGGCCCGCUGACCCCAAGGCCGCCGGCGCCAAGGCCGCCGCGCCCGCCACGCCCAACGCGGCCAGCGCGGCGGCUGCGGCACAGGUCAACCGCCACGUGCGGUGUGUGGGGCGCCACGUGGCGUGCCGGCAGCGGGGCGUGAUCCGCGUCAGCAGCGCCAGCGCCGCCUCGGCAGGCGGCUGCUGUGAGGAGGUGGAUCUGGCGCAGCACGCUCUGGCGCUGCCGGGUCUGGCGGGGCUACUGGUGGCAGUGGGGGCGCUGGAGGCGCCGGAGCACAUCGCGGGGGCACACGCGUCCGUCAUGCACGCCCUGGCUCAGCUGUGGGCGCACAUGGCGCACGUGCUGUCCGACCAGGUGCACGGCACGGCGGCGGCGGCGGGGCGGGCCCUGGAGGCGGCGGCGGAGGGCAUGGAGGCUGCAGCAGGCGGAGGAGGCGUGCGGGGGCUGCUGCGGGCGCUGAGGCGGGGGCCGUGGCGCGCCGCGCAGGGCCUCAGCGACUGGGGCUCGCGCUACUACUACAGCCACUUCACGGACGCGCGGCGGCAGGACGCCCUGGACCUCACCGCCGGGGUGUACCGGGUGUCCCAGCCGCCCGAGGAUCUGCCCCGGCGGCGGCCGCCCAACACAACCGCCCUGCAGCUGGGCGUGCUGCUGCUGAUGGCCUCGGUGCUGAUGGCGGCGCUGUGCCUGUGGCAGCCGCCUGCCGCCGAGCAGGGCGGGCGCCGCGACGCACUGCUGCGCUCCGGCGCCGCCGCCGCCCUGGGCCUGCUGCUGCUGGCGGAGGUGCUGCGGCGCGGGGCCAGCUACGUGGAGGCGCCGCUGUUGAGGCCGCAGGACACACAACCCUGGGCGUGGGGCGGGGGCGUUGGAGGUGGAGGCGGGUUGGAGGCGGGGGGCGGGGAGGGCGAGCCGGGGACGGGGGUGGAGGAGGACGCGACGGCAGGCGUGAUGAGUGACACGGCGGUGGAUGGCACUGUGGAGUGAGCGCAAUGCAGCAUGUUUGGGUCAGUCAGGCGCGUGGAAGGCAUGCGGUGUAUGGUGGCAGGUCCGGGCCAAUGCAAAUGCAAACAGACCAGCCUUCGGGGGAGCAGGGGUUGGGGCGUUGUGUGGCAGGCCGCCCUCCGCUCUUCGGUGGAUGGACGCAUCAGUCGCGGCCCGGGCGUGGGAGUCGCUGAAGGGGUGCUGCGCCGCUUCACAAUACGCUUACAGGCUUGCAGGUCGCAUGGGGGCGCGCGAGGGGGCGGACAGGCAAGGCGUGUGCGGGGGCAUGCAGGCUUCGUGUGGGGGGCCUUGCGGGUGUGUGGCUGCGACGGUGGGGUAUGGGCCGCUUCCGUGCCUUGCAACCUGGCCGCUGUACCUGCCCGGCUCGCAGUGGUAAGCCCCGGUAAAGGGCAUGCUAUCACGGCGCUCGGGCCGCCAGGAAUCGACACGGCCGGGCCACACGGUGGCC